GUCGUGUCCAUGACAGCGCACUUGAGCACUCCACACCACGGCGGCGAGCUGAGUGCGCGCACUUCAAGUGUUAAAAAGUGUUAGUGAAAAUGCAGCUGUGCGGUGUCGCCACUUGUGUACUCAUAACGAUAAUAGUGACCGCUACAUGCGUGCAGGGAAAAAACCAGAAUCGAGGCCUCUUAGAUCGAAAAUCAGACAAACGGAUCAACAAACGUGAGGCGACAUUGCUAAUAGACGAUUUCCACGUAGAACCUGUAUAUACCCACAAACCCAAAAUAAUCUAUAGAAGGGUAUCGAGGAUUGUUCCACCAAAACAAACUAGUAAAUAUGGACACCAAAGAUCAAAAUAUGGACCGUAUAAAUUUAGAAAGCCAGCUAAGAAAUAUAGAAAACAUGUAAGUGCAAAAUAUGGGCCCUCGAGUCACAAACCUCGCUUACCUAAACCAAGGUAUACACCUAAACGACCGAAUACUAAACCAAAAUACGGUGUCCCAAAGAAAGUUCAACAUUACACUCCUUACGCACCUGAACCAGCUGGCUUCGGAGAACCACCAACAGGGUAUGCUAAUGAAUAUCCACCACAGAAACAAAGUUAUGGAGAACCACCAGUGGAUUCGUAUGGUGCCCCACUAAAAACUAGUAUAAUUGAUCCCUAUCCAACACAACAAAUUUAUUCUGAAAACCCAACACAUAACAACCAUUAUGAAGAGCAAAACCAGAACUUUGGUCCCGAGUAUUUAUCAUGGCAAAGCUUCCAACGUGAGAAAAACAUUGAUAAUCAAUAUGCGUAUUCACAGAAGCGACCUAUAUAUGCUAGGCCAGAUGUGUUAGAAAGGCCAAAUAUUGAUGAAGCAGAAGAUCCUGAAUUGAUAACUUAUUCAGAUAUAUUCGCUCAUAAUGAAAAGGCUAAAGAACCGUACUACUUACAUAGUAAAAAGAAGAAUCCACAGUAUUUACCCGAUAAUGGAAGAGUGGUAAAAAAUAGAUGGAACACACCCAAAUUAAGGCCGGAAACAGAUGACGAAAUAUUAGUUGGAGGGCAAUAUGCCGAGCCUCCUGCAAGAUAUAUCCCUAAAUUUCAACCCAGUGCUCCUAUGUUCAAUAAUGAUGAAGAUUUCGCUCCCCAACAAAGUUAUGUGGAAUCAGACAUUGCUGCGUCUGCAACUAUAUCGCCUUAUGUUAAUUAUAAAAAUAGCAAUAUGGCAUUUAGUCCACAAAAUCUAAAUGAUGCAUUCAGUAUAGUUGAAAAGAAAAAAUAACUCUGUGAGGUUAUUUAAUAAAUUAAUCAAUUUGUAAUAAUUAUAAGUCUUAGUAUUGUGGAAAAUUAAUAAUUUCAAUGUGUACAAAAUCAACUCGUUGAAUAACUUUCUCCACCAAUUAUCGAUUAUUUGUUAUUUAUAUGUGAAUAAAGACUGCGUCGUGCAAUAAUCUUGUCUUAGGCACUGC